AUGUCAGAUUUUUUAUUUAAUACAGGGAUUAUUUUCUUUAUUUUGGAUAAUUUUAUUAGCUUAAACACUUCUUAUUUCGAUAAAGGAUCUCAUGUAUAGGAUAGACAUACUAUAUUUCAAAAUUAUAUUAAAAAUAAAUUUAUUAAUGAUUUUGUUUCAAAUAUACCGGUUAUUAUAGAUUAUUUUAUAAUAUAAUUAAAUGGUUUUUGGAGUUAUAUAAUGAUUAUUUAAUAUUUAAAAUUAAAUAGAAUUUCUCUUAUUAUAAGAAAACUCGAAGAAAUCUUUCAUUUAACUCCUACUUAAUAAUAAUUAGUUUCUUUAGUUAAACUUUUAAUAACAGUGCUAUUUAUAGCUCAUAUUUUUGCAUGUAUAUGGAUUUUUAUAGCAGUUGAUGAAUGUGUUUAAUCAUGGAUUAUAAAAUAAUAAUAUGAAAAUAAAGUUUGGUAAGAAUAAUAUUUACUGGCAAUUUAUUUCUCAACUGUUACUAUGAUUACAGUUGGAUAUGGAGAUGUUUUGCCUACAAAUGCGAAAGAAUAUAUAUUGUGCAUUAUUACUAUGUUAAUCUCAUGUGGAGUCUUUGCUUAUGCAGUAAAUUAAAUUGGUAGUAUUUUUGAAUUAUUGGGUAGAUAAGAUAAAGAAUUAAAAGAAAAUAUGUACAGGAUUAGCAAUUAUAUGUAUAUUAAAAAAGUUUCUAAAGAAUUAUAAUACGAAGUAAGAUAAUACUUAUAAUAUUAUUGGAAAGAAGAAUAAAAUAGAGAUACAAAAUAAGAAGAAACUAUAAUUAAUUAAUUAAGUGAUAAAUUAAAAGAAUAAUUGGUAUUAGAAGCUAACAAUUUAGUAUUAAAAGAUUCAGUAAUAUUCAAGAAUAAUUUUAGUGAAAUAUUAAUAAAAAAAACUGUACCUUUAAUAAAUGAAAGUAGAAUAACACCUGAAGAAAUAAUAACAAUUGAAGGUUUUUUAGAUGAUUGCUGUAUUUUUUUCAUUGAAAAAGGAGAAAUAGAGGUAUAUAUAGAUUAAUAUAGCGAAGCAAAAAUGUAUACUUAAUAAAUAUAAAAAUUAAAAUCUGGAGAUGCAUUCGGAGUCGUUAGUUUUUUUACAGGAAACACUAGAAAAUUGUCUAUUAGAUCAUUAGAUUUCACAACUCUAUUAUCAAUAAAAAGAUAAGAUUUUUUAAAUUUAUUAAAAGAUUUUCCUGAAGAUUAUGAGCAAUUUGUCUUUAUAAAAGACUAAUUAUAACUAAACGGAAAUUUCAAAUAAAUAGGUACUAGAUGUUAUAGUUGUAGAGAUUUCAAACAUAUGUGCGAUAAUUGUCCUUUUAUUCAUUAUUCACCUAAGAAAUUUUUAUUAUUAAAAAGAAUAUUUAGAAACAUAUUUUAAAACAGGAAUAAUUUAUAUAAAAGAAAGCAUAGAUAUAAAAAAAACGCUAAAAAAUAUUUUUAUAUUAAUAAAUUUGAUAUAACUUUUAAUUAAUUACCAUCAAGUAUGACUAUUGAAGAAAAUGGAAAAAUUCCGUCUUUUAGAUCAUUUCCUUAAUCUAUAUUUUUAUUUUAGAAUAAAAUUUAAUGA